CGGCAAGCCAACAGCUGUUUUAUGUUUUUAUUCCAAUUUUGGAAGUCCAAAGGUCCCGCGCAGUUAUGUGGAAACAGUGUUUUUGUGCUCGAUUUUGAUAAUUACGAAUCGUUCGUGCAAUUGCAUUUAAUCGACUGCGAUGUUGAAGGACACCGAAAAGCUGACCCGUCUGCUGCUUUUUUGCUGCCGGCUGAGAUAUCGCAAGUAUCCUUCAUUCUACUUCCCGGUCUAUUGCUUCCUCCAAGCGCUUCGCAAACUGAGCAAGGAGAUUCGGUUACGCAGCGUCACCUUCCGGGUGGUUCCGAUUCCAAAUCUACUGUUCGAACAGUAUCAGCAAGGCCAACUUGUACGAUCGGAACAUACUUUGUUCGUAAGCCGAACGGUCUUCAAUCAGUAUGUGGUGGAACGGGAAAUCAACUGGAUUAACUUGGUGAUACGUGCUGGAAGCGAUGGUGGACGGAAGAAUGAGGGUGGUGAAGAGCUGGUCUCGAUUAUACUGAAUCGACAGAACGUAUCUGUGCUGUUUCAGAUAUGUCCACUCGAAGGGGUUGCUCCGAAUGUGAUUUUCGUGAAGGAGAAUUUGUUCCAUGGAUUGACGGAACGGUACAAGCUGGGGGAGAGAGGGUUCUGCGGAAAGAUGCAGCGUGUUUCGGAACAGCAGAAUCUGCCACUGGUGGCGACUAAAGCGAACAUUUUCCUAUACAACACACCGUACGAUUUGUCGUCGGAUGUGGUCGAUUUCAUUAUGGGACGAUAUUUCGAAACGCCUCGGCUGCUGUAUAGAAAUUCGACCUAUCAGAUCACGUUGAAUGAGAAGUUUCUGGGGAAUACGUUCUACACGAAGAACUUUGCCACUUUUGCACACUUGAGAUCACUCUACUUCAAAUGUCUAAAUCUGGAAUCGGCCGAGAACAGCUUCGAGCUGCAUGGAAUCGUUUGCAAGAAUUUGACCAAUUUGCACCAGACAACGACUUACAACAAUUUCGUCCCACCGCAAAGGCUGGACGAUUUGGCUUUUGUUCCUGUCUGUCCCUUUGGAUUGCGAAAGUAUCACGAAGAGUUGAAAUCUUCCUUGACCGCUUAUUUGAAACAGGAGAACAACUCGCUUAUCGAAAAUCAAAUCUAUCCGAUUUUCAUGCUGCAGGGCGAACGAGGCAUUGGGAAGUCGACGGUGCUCCGAUCGGUUGCUCAAUCUCUGGGCAUUCAGAUUUUCCACGGGGACUGCAGCGACAUAAUGACAUCGAUAUCUUCACAAACCGAAACUAAACUGAUAUCUGCACUCAACAGAUCAAAGAUUUGCGAGCCCUUGAUCAUCGCUUUGCAGAAUUUCGAAAUUUUUGCCAUAGACAACGAAGGUCACGAAGAUCUACGUAUUUUGACAACUUUUCAGGCCGAGUUGCAUACGCUUUUCAACCGCAAAUACUCCCAUCCCGUCCUGGUAGUUGCAUUGGCCAACGAAAAGGAUUCAUCCAAGCCAAAACUGACCAGUAUGUUCCUCGACGUAAUCAAGUUUCUCCCCCCAACUACGAUCGAACGACAUCAGCUCCUCAAUUGGAUAUCCGCAAAGGAAACAGCACGCAUCCCCCCAAAUCAGCUAGCAAAGAUAGCCGAACAAACGCAAGGCUUCAUUUUCGGUGACCUUAAACUGCUCUAUUCGAAAGCCAUCCAGGCUUCAUCAAAAGAUCCCAAACUCACCCUCGCACACUUCGAAAGAAGCUUGGAAGAAAUGCAGUCAUCUUUCUCGGACAGCCUGGGAGCCCCGAAGGUUCCCAAAGUGCUCUGGUCCGAAAUCGGAGGUCUGGCAAAGCUGAAAACGGAAAUUCAAAACAGUAUAGGGCUUCCGCUCCGGCACAAAAAGCUCAUGGGAAAGAACAUGCGCCGAUCGGGUAUUCUGCUGUACGGCCCACCUGGCACCGGAAAGACCCUCAUAGCCAAAGCCGUUGCGACGGAGUGCAAUCUGAGCUUCCUGUCGGUGCAGGGACCGGAACUGCUGAACAUGUACGUCGGGCAAAGCGAACAGAACGUGCGCGAGGUGUUUUCCCGGGCACGAUCCGCGGCGCCUUGUGUGCUGUUUUUGGACGAACUGGACUCGUUGGCGCCCAAUCGGGGAGUUUCCGGUGAUUCGGGCGGAGUGAUGGAUCGCGUCGUGUCGCAGAUACUCAGCGAGAUGGAUGGCAUUUCGAAAGGGUCCGACCCCAGCCAGCAGAUAUUCAUCCUGGCCGCGACCAACAGACCUGACUUGAUCGAUCCGGCCCUACUGCGACCCGGACGGUUCGAUAAGCUCCUGUACGUGGGCCCUAGCACCUCGGUGGACGACAAGGAAAGCGUUCUGCAAGCGAUCACCAGCAAAUUCCAUCUGGCCAAAGGUCUCACGCUGCGGAAGAUUGCCGAGGGCUUGAAGCAGGACAUGACGGGUGCGGAUUUGUACUCGAUUUGUUCGAACGCGUGGCUCAGCGCCGUGCGGAGGGCGAUAAAAGGAGUGAAAGAACCGAUCGGUGAGGAUGGGCUCAGCCCGGAGGACGUCGUGGUCAACGAAAGCGAUUUCAAAACGGCCACCAAGAAAUUCAUCCCGUCGAUUAGUCCUGCGGACAUGGAGUACUUCAACAGGUUGAGGACUAAUUUUAGCGCGUAGCGUGGAACUGAACAGGUUUGAUAGGAAUGAAGUUUUUAUUAGAUAGUUUUUUUUUGAACCGGGUAUGUUUGUUGAUAGUGUGGAACGGAAUAUAUUUUUACAGAUUGUUAAA